GGCCUCCGCUCAGCCGGAUGGCGCCGUCUCGCCGGCCUCCGCUCAGCCGGAUGGCGCCGUCUCGCCGGCCUCCGCUCAGCCGGAUGGCGCCGUCUCGCCGGCCUCCGCUCAGCCGGAUGGCGCCGUCUCGCCGGCCUCCGCUCAGACGGAUUGCGCUGCUCCGCCGGCCUCCGCUCAGCCUGGUUCCUCCCGAUCGGUCGCCAGGCCCAUGGAUCAAGGCACGGACGCGCCGCGCGCCGCCGCCGCCCUGUGCCCUAAGUGGCCUGGUUUCAGUACUUCAGAGCUGCCGACCCGUGACGCGAGCGUGGACGAAGAUGUUCGUACACCUCCACUGGGAUGUCACCGAACCAGAACCAGGCUCAGCAGGCCGUCAGCUGAGGUCCACCCGGCGAGCCGCCCAUCAGAUCAUGAUUUUGGAUUGGACGAUACAGUGUCUGUGGACGAAUCGAUGAUGGAUGAGUUCGUCAGUUCUAGGCCUCAGCGUGCGACAUUGGUGAGGAGUACGACAUUCGGAGGAGGUGGACCGGAGCUGAGUUCGGAUGAAGAAGGCUCUGCGUGCGACGAUCCUGCCGAUUCACCGUACUCUCCAUCAGAGUCGUCAGGAUCAGAGUCAUUGCUGGCUGAGACCUCUCCCAUGCGCGGAUCAGAUUCCCUUUCGGUUCUGUCGGAUGUCGUUCCACCGUCAACCAGCUCGAACCUGAAUGCAGCGCACUAUCCUGGUCUUGAACCUUCAGUCGCAUCAUCCAGCAACACUACGCGAAGGCGGUGGGAUAGACGUAAUAUAUGUCCCUACUGCGACGUGCCGCAAGCCAAAUUCGCCCGGCACCUACAAACGCGUCACAAAAAGGAACUCAAGGUGCAAGAGAUACUCUCAAAGGAGAAAGGCUCCAGUGAACGCAGAGCGGCAUUCAAAGCACUGAAACAAGAGGGUAACUAUUCGCACAACGUGGCCGUACGAUGCGGCAGGAAAAAAGGACACAUCAUCCCUUGUAACAGGACCACACGCGGGAAGCGUCGGUCUGCGCAUGACUUUCUCCCUUGCGAUCUCUGCAAAGGUUUUUACAAUCGGAAAACCCUAUGGCGCCACAAGCGCGCUUGUGCUGCGACGCGCGGCGUAGAUGUUUCAGUGAGAAACAUCCAAGCCAGUGCAUUGGAUCAGUUGCCUACUCCACCCGGAGAGUCCCAUCGCUUGACGAAGGUCUUCAACACGAUGAGGACGGAUGAGGUAACGUUGUUGUGCCGGUCCGAUCCGACGAUACGAGCGUUCGGUGAGAAGCUGCUGAUGCGGCUGGGUCAGGAACUCCACCAGCAGAGACACAUAAGUCAGAAGAUGCGCGAACUUGGGAGACUUCUUAUUGUCCUGAAGAAAACCCAGGAUGUCCCUCUCCGGGACUUCUUUUGCCCGGCGCAGUUCGGGGUGAUCACGGAGGCUGUACGCGAAGUUUGCUGCUACGGCGACCGCAGUGUGGCAAAACCGUCUCUUGCCCUGAAGCUGGGUCAUUCCGUGAAAAAAUGUGCAGAGAUCACUCUGGCAACGGCGCUGGAAAGGGGAGACAACCCGGAGUCGUUGGAACAGUUCAUACGACUGCAUCACUUGGAGUGGACGGACAGGGUGUCCAGACCCGCCCUGUGGACCCUGAAAGAUGGGGCGUGGAACAAGCCGUGUCUGAUCCCCAUAGCGGAAGACAUAAAAAAACUACAAAACUGCCUCGUAACUGAAAUGGACGCCGCGCAGAAGAACUUGAAAGAAAACGGGAGCGAGGCAACGUACAAAGGACUAGCUGAGGUACUUCUGGCGAGAGUCAUCCUCUUCAACAGGAGGCGGCAGGGCGAAGCGGGGCGGAUGACCAUCGAUGAUUGGGAGCACAGUAUGAGCUCUGUGGAAAACGUCCCACCAGGUCUGGCGGACUGCCUGAGUCCACUAGAACGGCAUCUCGGAUCUAGCCUCAAGAGGGUCAUGGUUCGGGGUAAGCGUCGUAGGGGUGUCCCGAUCCUACUGACGAGAGAAAUGGUGGAGGCUCUAGAACUUCUGCUCUCGAAGCGUCAAGAGCUGGGAGUAACUGGGCCUUACGUUUUUGCCAGUGGCCCCAGCAUGCGCCCACUGAGAGGCUGCGACAGCCUCAGAAAAUACGUGCAGGCUUGUGGCGCCCAGUGCCCCAAGACACUGACUUCCGGAGCUCUCCGCAAGCACGUCGCCACAAUGGCACAGCUGCUCAACCUGCGAGAAAAUGAAAUCGACCAACUCGCUGCCUUUAUGGGGCAUGACAUACGCGUGCACCGAGAAUACUACAGACUACCUGACGCUACCACGCAGGUAGCAAAGCUCAGCAAGAUGCUUCUACUGAUGGAGAGUGGAAAACUGCAACGUAUGCAGGGCAAAAACCUGGACGAACUAGAUGUGGCGCUUUCAGACGAGGGCAACGAUGGCGCUUCGACCGACUCAGUGGAAAGCGGUGAUUCUGACGUCACAGAUCGCAAUAGCGAUUCCGAAGAGCUCGAAGGACUUCCUGGGCCUUCAAGGAACAGACAGGCGUCUGGCGACGGGCGAACACCAGCUGACGUGCCGCCUGGGCCUUCAAGAAAGAGACAGACGUUCGGCGACGGGCGGGCACCGCCUGACCUGCCGCCAGUCUCAACCAGGCGUGGGACGGCGCGGAAGAGGAGAAUGUGGAGCGCGCUGGAGAAGGCGGCUGUAAAGAGGAGCUGCGCGAAAUACAUCCUACAUCUUAAGGUGCCGGGCCAGGCUGAAUGCUUAAAAGCGAUCAGUGAGGAGCCGCACCUCAAGGAAAGGACGUGGCGGGAUGUAAAGUAUCACGUCUACAACUUGAUCGUGGCCAGCAAAAGGAAAGCGUCCACAUAAACACGUCGCGCAGUUCGCGUAAACGUCGCAGUUACGUUCACAUGUUUCUGUUUUUUUUUUGGGGGGGGAGUAAGUUAUCGUGCGCCCAGUUUCGCGCUGAUGUGGCAUUGAAGCGUCGUGCCAAUAAGGCUCCAGUUUGUUAUGCGUUAACUGUUUAUGGUGACGUCAUUGGUUUCACAGACAGUUCUCAUAAACGUCGCACAGACAGUUCGCGUAAACGCCGCAGUUACGUUCACAUGUCUCUGUUUUUUUUGGGGGGGGGGUAAGUUAUCGUGCGCCCAGUUUCGCGCUGAUGUGGCAUUGAAGCGUUGUGCCAAUAAAGCUCCAGUUUGUUAUGCG